CCAAACCCAGACUUUGGGUGGAUUCGCGUCAAGGGCUUUUGGUGUUUCGAGUGUGCAUGACGAGCGCAUCGGAGCUUUUCUACAACCGCAGGUCUCGCUACAACAGCCGAGCCACCCACAGCGAUCUCGGCUUCGACUCCCUCUGCCCCCCUGACCGUAUCUACAAUCGCCGCCGCCACAACCAUCAUGACUCCUCCGCCGCCUGCGAUGUCCUCCUCCGCCGCCCCUCCCGCCACCGCGUCUCCCCCGCGGGGCGUGCAGCGGGCAUUGGGCCGGAGCAGGGUGGCCAAUCGGGUGCGGGUGAUCGGGUCGGACCGAGAGUGAGUGGAAAUGAGAGGCUGCCGGGUGCUGUUGUGCUGGCUAGGGAGAGGCUACUUGAGAGGCUGAGAGGAAUGCCUCCUUCCGAAACCAGGCGACGUAGAGCGUUGCAUAUGUACAGGAGUGGUCUAAUUGGGGAUGAUUUGGCUUUUGUUGAUGAAAGAGAUUGGAGUACUGACUCCUGGCCAGGUCGGUCUGCCAGUGGUUCCAUGUCCAAUGACUUGAGUUCUCAAAUUGCAAGGAUGCAUCUCUUGGAAGAAGCUAACAAGAAGCCACCAGGUCUUACUGAAGAUGUCCUUGAUUGCUUGGGUGUUGAGCCUUUCAGCGACACAGAAUUAGGUGUUGACGGGGUGUUAUCAAAAGCUUUACGAGAUUGUAGUAUAUGCCUGGAGAGUUUCAUGAAUGGGGACGAGCUUAUAUGUUUGCCCUGUGCACAUAGAUUUCACGCUACCUGCUUGGGACCCUGGGUUCGAAUACGAGGAGACUGCCCGUAUUGCCGGAGAGCUAUAGUUGUAGAUUGUGACAUGUCCAAAACGAAUACGUAGCUUCUGUUGACAUGUUUGGGUACUGGGGUUGUCUUGUUGUAGGAAAGUUUUGGAACUUGACUGCUAAAUUAUGGAGGUGAGAUAUUUCCCAGUUAGAUGCAGUGCAUCACAUCCAUGUUAAUUAGUAUUGGUUUGUGUACGCGUUAACAACUGUUAAUUCGUGUUUGUAAAUGUGAACUUUUGUCAAGUUGAGGCCAGCUACAGUCAAUUAUACCUUCCCAAGUUCGUGUACCUGCUUCCUCUGUAUAAUAUGUACAACUCGCUCUUGUAAUAUCUAGCAAAAUAAGAGAGAUCUUAACACUAUAAAUUAGGGAAUCAAGACUCUUGGGGGCGGGCUAAAGAAAGUGUGCACG